AUGUUCGGAAGCCGGCUGGGGCCGCCUCGGAAGCCCAAGUCGACAGGACUCAGUCCGGGCCGGGGUGUUUCGCGUGUGUUGGCAGCGAGGUUUGCAGGGCCCCAUGCGGCUGAAGCUGGCAGGCGCGAUACUGCAGGCAGCACAUGGCAUGUCGAGGAUACCAGCGACACCGACGGCGACGGGGUGCGAAGAAAUGCCGGAAGGGGAGUGGUCAUUAGGUAA